CCUAAAAAGCAAUCUCUUCGUGACACAGAGUAAAGUUUUUGCCGAAUUCUACAAGUUUUGAACAAUUAUGGGGAAAUUUGCGUAUCCAGAGGUUAAGAGGGACGACACAAUUAUAGAUAGUUACCACGGGAACAAGAUUGGAGACCCUUACCAAUGGCUGGAAGACCCUGAUAGUGAAGAAACCAAAAAGUUUGUAGAUGCCCAAAAUGAUUUGUCUAGACCAUACAUUGAGGCAUGUCCUAUACGCAAACAACUACAGGAGAGGAUAACUGAGAUGUGGGAUUAUCCAAAAUAUGGGUGUCCUAAAAAACAUGGAAGCUGCUAUUACUACUUCUACAAUACAGGACUGCAGAAUCAGAGUGUGUUGUAUGUACAAGACUCCCUGGAUGGGGAACCAAGGGUUUUCCUUGACCCCAAUGAACUGUCUGAGGAUGGUACAACGUCUCUACGAGGUACAGCUUUCUCUGAGAAUGGCGACUACUAUGCUUAUGGUCUCAGUGAAAAGGGUUCUGACUGGAUAACUAUAAAGUUUAAAAAAGCACCAAGUGGAGAAGAUUUACCAGAUGUUUUGAAACGUGUGAAGUUUUCUAGCAUGGCAUGGACACAUGAUGAUAAAGGACUCUUCUAUAAUAGUUACCCAGAACAAGAUGGAAAGUCUGAUGGUACAGAGACAACUUCAAAUUUGAAUCAAAAGCUGCUCUACCAUAGGCUAGGCACUGACCAAUCAGAGGACAUCUUAGUGGCUGAAUUCCCAGAUAAUCCAAAAUGGAUGAUUGGAGCAGAGGUCACUGAUUGCGGACAUUAUCUUAUUUUAGAAAUAAGGGAGGGCUGCGACCCGGUGAAUCGACUUUACUUCACCGAUCUGCGUACAUUACCUCAGGGAAUCAAUGGAAUUCUGCCAUAUGUUAAGGUCGUAGAUAACUUUGAUGCAGAAUAUGAGUACAUCACCAAUGAAGGAAGCUUGUUUACAUUCAAGACAAACCUGAAGUCACCGAACUACAAACUGAUCAACAUUGACUUUAGCAACUUUGAAAUGGAAAAUUGGAGAACACUGGUUGAAGAACAUGAUAAAGAUGUUUUAGAAUGGUCAGCUGUUGUCAGUGGCAACAAGCUUGUAUUGUGUUACCUUCAGGAUGUUAAGAAUCAACUAUACGUUCAUAAUUUAUCAGAUGGUAAACUCAUUGCUCAACUACCUCUUGAUGUAGGAACAAUUGUCGGGUACUCUGGCAAGAAAAAAGACUCACAGAUAUUUUAUCAGUUUAUGUCGUUUUUGACACCAGGAAUUAUCUACAGCUGUGAUAUGACAACAGAUUCUCUAGAUCCAAAGAUUUUCCGUGAUAUCAAAGUGAAGAAUUUUGAUUUCAACCAGUUUACAACAGAGCAAGUGUUCUACCCCAGUAAGGAUGGCACCAAAAUUCCAAUGUUUCUUGUCCAUAGAAAAGAUUUACCUAAAGAUGGGUCCAAUCCAGUAAUGUUGUAUGGCUACGGAGGAUUUAAUAUCUCUAUAAGUCCAAGUUUCUCUGUUUCCCGGCUUGUAUUCCUACAAAACCUAGGUGGUGUAUAUGCUGUGGCAAAUAUAAGAGGCGGUGGAGAGUAUGGUGAAACUUGGCAUAAAGCUGGUAUGUUGGGGAACAAACAGAAUGUGUUUGAUGACUUCCAAGCGGCAGCAGAAUAUCUUGUUCAGAACAAAUACACGAGUCAUAAUAAGAUAACCAUCAAUGGAGGUUCCAACGGAGGCUUGUUAGUUGGUGCAUGUAUAAACCAGAAACCUCAGCUGUUUGGGUGUGCUAUAGCUCAAGUUGGUGUGAUGGACAUGUUGAAAUUCCACAAAUUCACUAUAGGACAUGCCUGGAUUACAGACUUUGGCUGUUCAGAGAAAGAGGAAGAAUUUAAAUGGUUGAUCAAGUACUCUCCAUUGCACAACAUCCAUGAACCAGAGGGAGAUAAUCAGUAUCCUGCCACUCUCUUACUGACUGCUGAUCACGACGACAGAGUUGUCCCCCUUCAUUCACUCAAAUUUAUUGCACAGCUUCAACAUGUUGCUGGCAGACAUGAAAAACAGACCAAUCCUUUGCUUAUCCGGGUAGAUACAAAGUCUGGACAUGGUGCCGGAAAGCCAACAGCAAAAAUUAUUGAGGAGCUGAGUGAUAUAUACAGUUUUAUCUACCAGAGUAUAGGACUGAAGUGGACAGAUGGACAACAGAACAAGCUUUAACUAAUUCCCUCAAAAACAUCAUCAGUUUGAAUUUAUAAUCUUUAAAGGGGCAUGCCUACAAAUCAACAUCAAAAUACUAGUAAUUAAUUUUUCAAAAAGAGACAGCAGUAAAUUAAUAAUCAAAAAUCAUAAUUCAGUAUUAUCAUUAUAUUUUUUAUGGUCAUCAUGUGAAGGCCUGUAUUCCAUCUAUUUUACAGCACUUAUAACUAAGUUUGGUGACUACUGUUUAAGGGACUUCCCUGCAUACAACUGUGUUUUAUAAAUACCUAUAUACAUGACAUUGUACUCUCAAGAUCUCACUAAAUCCCAUCUUUUAUUUAUUUAUUUUUUUUUUUGCUUUUUUUUACCUUUACUAACAACUUAACCACUUGCAAAAUUUUGAAAAGUUUGGCAUAAAUCUGAAGGCUUGUCCCUUUAAACAGAAAAGUAAUCAGAAGACAAAUACCAAAUGCGAUAACUUUUUAUUCUGUUCAGUUUGAAAAUGAAGAAUAUUACCAAGUCCACGUUGAAGUAUAAGGACAAUAAAUAUUUAUUUAGAAUAUCUUUUUCAUGAUUUCUACUGCCAGCAUCAUUCAAAAUGAAAUUCUGGCAUUUGUUGUCAGAACAAAAUAAUUAUGUCUCCCCAGGAGACAUAUUGUUUUUGCCCUGUCCGUCCGUCCGUCCUUCGGUCCGUCCGUACGUCACACUUCAUUUCCGAGCAAUAACUGGAGAACCAUUUGACCUAGAACCUUCAAACUUCAUAGGGUUGUAGGGCUGCUGGAGUAGACGACCCCUAUUGUUUUUGGGGUCACUCCGUCAAAGGUCAAGGUCACAGGGGCCUGAACAUUAAAAACCAUUUCCGAUCAAUAACUAGAGAACCACUUGACCCAGACUGUUGAAACUUCAUAGGAUAAUUGGUCAUGAAGAGUAGAUGACCCCUAUUGAUUUUGGGGUCACUCCAUCAAAGGUCAAGGUCACAGGGGCCUGAACAUGGAAAACCAUUUCCAAUCAAUAACUAGAGAACCACUUGACCCAGACUGUUGAAACUUCAUAGGAUGAUAUGUCAUGAAGAGUAGAUGACCCCUAUUGAUUUUGGGGUCACUCCAUCAAAGGUCAAGGUCACUGGGGCCUGAACAUGGAAAACCAUUUCCGAUCAAUAACUAGAGAACCACUUGACCCAGAAUGUUGAAACUUCAUAGGAUGAUUGUGCAUGCAAAGUAGAUGACCCCUAUCGAUUUUGGGGUCACUCCAUUAAAGGUCAAGGUCACAGGGGCCUGAACAUUGAAAACCAUUUCCAGUCAGUAACUUGAGAACCACUUGACCCAGAAUGUUGAAACUUCAUAGGAUGAUUGGUCAUAAAGAGUAGAUGACCCCUAUCGAUUUUGGAGUCACUCUGUGAAAGGUCAAGGUCACGGGCCCGAACAUUGAAAACCAUAUCAGGUCAGUUACUCGAGAACCACUUGACCCAGAAUGAUGAAACUUCAUAGGAUGAUUGGUCAUGAAGAGUAGAUGAACCCUAACAAUUUUAGGGUCACUCUGUUAAAGGUCAAGCCCACAGGGGCCUGAACAUGGAAAACCAUUUCCGAUCAAUAACUUGAGAACCUCUCGACCCAGAAUGUUGAAAAUUCAUAUGAUGAUUGUUCAUGCAGAGUAAAUGACCCUUAUUGUUUUUGGGGUCACUCCGUUAAAGGUCAAGGUCACAGGGGCCUGAACAUUGAUAACUAGUUCCGAUCAGUAACUUGAGAACCACUUGACCCAGAAUGUUGAAACUUCAUAGGAUGAUUGAACAUGCAGAGUAGAUGACCCCUAUUGAUUUUGGGGUCAGUCUAUCAAAGGUCAAGGUCACAGUGGCCUGUUCAUGUAAAAUCAUUUUUAUGCCCCCGAAGGGAGGCAUAUAGUUUUUGAACCGUCUGUCGGUCUGUCAGUCUGUCUGUCAGUCUGUCCGCAAUUUUCGUGUCCGGUCCAUAUCUUUGUCAUCGAUGUAUGGAAUUUCAAAUAACUUGGCAUGAAUGUGUACCACAGUAAGACGACGUGUCGCGCGCAAGACCCAGGUCCGUAGCUCAAAGGUCAAGGUCACACUUAGACAUUAAAGGAUAGUGCAUUGAUGGGCGUGUCCGGUCCAUAUCUUUGUCAUCGAUGGAUGGAUUUUCAAAUAACUUGGCAUGAAUGUGUACCACAGUAAGACGACGUGUCGCGCGCAAGACCCAGGUCCGUAGCUCAAAGGUCAAGGUCACACUUAGACAUUAAAGGAUAGUGCAUUGAUGGGCAUGUCCGGUCCAUAUCUUUGUCAUCGAUGGAUGGAUUUUCAAAUAACUUGGCAUGAAUGUGUACCACAGUAAGACGACGUGUCGCGUGCAAGACCCAGGUCCGUAGCUCAAAGGUCAAGGUCACACUUAGACGUUAAAGGAUAGUGCAUUGAUGGGCGUGUCCGGUCCAUAUCUUUGUCAUCAAUGGAUGGAUUUUCAAAUAACUUGGCAUGAAUGUGUACCACAGUAAGACGACGUGUCGUGCGCAAGACCCAGGUCUGUAGCUCAAAGGUCAAGGUCACACUUAGACGUUAAAGGUCAUUUUUCAUGAUAGUGCAUUGAUGGGCGUGUCCUGUCCAUAUCUUUGUCAUUCAUGCAUGGAUUUUAAAAUAACUACGCAUGAAUGUGUGACACAGUAAGACGACAUGUCGCGUGCAAGACCCAGCUCCGUAGGUCAAAGGUCCUAAACUCUAACAUCGGCCAUAACUAUUCAUUCAAAGUGCCAUCGGGGGCAUGUGUCAUCCUAUGGAGACAGCUCUUGUUU